AUGUCUCUGGAGGACCCGUUCAUUCCGUCCCCGGAGGACAGCAGGGGGCUUCCCCGGAAUGUCUCCAGACUGCUCAGGAAUGCAACAGGAGGGCAGCAGCCGUACGGCGUCUGGACCCCCGGGAUCGGGAUCGCCGCGGUGUACGGGCUCCUCAUCGCGGUGGGACUGGUGGGAAACGUGACCCUGAUGAGGACGUGCCUGCUGGUCAAGUCCAUGCGCACCGUGCCCAACCUGUUCCUGUCCAGCCUGGCCCUGGGCGACGUGCUGCUGCUGCUCACCUGCGCCCCGGUGGACGCCAGCCGCUACCUGGUGGACCGGUGGCUGUUCGGGCGCGUGGGGUGCAAACUGAUCCCGUUCGUGCAGCUGACCUCGGUGGGAGUCUCCGUGUUCACCCUGACCGCGCUCUCCGCAGACCGGUACAAAGCCAUCGUCAAACCACUGGACCGGUCCGGUGCGCCCCUCAGCGUCGGCCUGAGAGCCGGAGCCAUCUGGUUGCUCUCCGGCACGCUGGCGGUCCCCGAGGCGGUCUUCUCCGACCUGGACACCUUCACCACCCGCCACACCAACGAGACAUUUGUCACCUGUGCGCCGUACCCCCACACCGGGGACCUGCACCCCAAGAUCCACUCCACCGCCUCCUUCCUCAUCUUCUACGUCGUCCCGCUGCUCAUCAUCUCGGUCUACUACUGCUUCAUCGCCCACAGCCUGGUGAGGAGCUCUGAGGACUUUGCAGCUGAGGGCCGGCUGCAUCUCCACAGACAGAUGGAGUCCCGGAAGCGUCUGGCCAGAACCGUGCUGGUGUUCGUCGGCCUGUUCGCCGUCUGCUGGCUCCCCAGCCACAUCAUCUACCUGUACCGCUCCUACCACUACGGCCAGGCCGACACCUCGCUGGGCCACUUCAUCGCCAGCGUGUGCGCCCGCAUCCUGGCCUUCACCAACUCCUGCGUCAACCCCUUCGCCCUGUACCUGAUGAGCAAGAGCUUCAGCAAGCACUUCAGCAGGCAGCUGCUGUUCUGCUUCUCGUCCACAAGUCUUCACAGCCAGAACAGUGGAAGAACGCAUGUGACGUCAGUGUGA